AUGUUGAUCCGUGUUCGCUCGAAUGUAGGCGUCUGGCGAGUCGACGGAUUGGGACCAAGCUCUACAGUAGAAGACGUUCUAAAAGGAAUCGCAACUACGCGGCCUCACGUCGUGUACGAGAAACCACUUUGUCAAGAUCCUGCAUGCAGUCACGAAUUAAACGCUCAAAAGUCUUUGCAAGAAGAAGGACUGAGGCAUGGUUCGAUGAUUCAUUGCCGCGUCGAUCCGUCAUCCUGUGUCGAAGUAUCAGAUAAGCCCCUGGCAACAGAGGACGAGGAACAGCCCGUCGAAAUCAAGCAGGGUAACAUGAAACGAAUAAUUGAUAAAGAUGGAAGUAUCAGGUUGAUUCCAACAAACGAAGUCAGAGACGCAAAGGAAGAUAAAGGAUUCAGAAGGGGCAUGAUGCCGCUUCGCGACAUCAAAAUGGCAUGGACACUAAACGAGUUUGUGGCUAUGGAUUCUCAGUUUGUUUUCAAAGUUCAACGACAGGAAUCUGCCGUGUGCAAACAAGUAUCCUUAGAUUCUUCUAGUGUUGGGGACUUCCAGUCGUACUUGAGGCGCUUUCAGUUCUCACGAAAGAGAUUCGGCUAUCUGUACGGCAAGUUUGUAAAAUCCGAGGAAGGAGACCUCAAAGCAGUCGUUGAAGCGAUUUACGAACCGCCACAAGUCGCAGAUCUAGAUUUAGCGGAGGGAUUUGAAAUGCUCGACGAUCCAAUGGAGGCAGCGGUGGAACAAAUUGCAGAGCAGUGUGAUCUCCAGAAGGUGGGUUGGAUCUUUGGUCAUCCACCUAGAGAGGACGGUUUUGUUCUCAAUGCCUCUGAAGUAAUCAUGGCUGCAGAAAUGCAACUGGAGGCUGCAGGAGGAGUCAAUGAAACGCCAUUUGUGACCGCAAAGGUCACUGCCUCUGACGAUGGCAACGUUUCAGUUGAAGCCUUUCAAGUUAGCCAGCAGUGCAUGGCGAUGGUAGCUGAAGAGGCGCUUGAAAUCAGUCCCGAUCCCGGAUUUUGCAAAAUCAACGAAACAUUCACUGCAAUUCAGGAGGGCAAAGAAAGCAAGAUUGUAAACAACAACUUCUUCCUCACUGUUGUUCCCAUCGUUCAACACACAUCGGAGAUUUUUGUGAGUCAGUUUCCGAAAGCAAAUAGGGAUUUGGACGACCGCACCCAAUCGCACGACGAGCUGAAGAGGCAGCUUUCCAAGAGUGGGACAGCAGGCUGGAGCUUCGUGGAUCUUUUGGCUGACUUCAAUCUCUUAAUCUAUUUGGCAAAGUUUCUUGAUGUUGAAGCAGAUCUUCCAAAGAUCCUUCGAUCAAUUACGGAUCGUUCAGUUCCUAUUGAUGACGGCUACAAGAUUAUCAUCACAGGCCUCGCUGGUGUAGACACAGCAUACUAA